CUGCAUUUUUUUGAGAUAGCAUCAAGAGGCCGCAAGCAUCCGGCAGACGUAUUUUACUAUGUCUGCGGCCAAUUUAUCAAGGCAUGAGUGAAAAAGUACUCCGUGGAAGCUAAGAUGUGUGAGGCCUACGAGGCAUAUUUUGACAUGCCUGUUGGGGAUCAAGACAAACCCUGGGCACCUAAUGUCACCUGGGAGCAUUGCAAAAAAUCUCUGGAAGCGUGGGGCUCCUCCGGACGACAGCGGCUAAGGUAUAAAUGAGAGGCGAGCGCAGGCGACAGCAGCAGAGCUUCAGGUCACAGGGAGGCGCCACCCGACAGAGACGCUCAAUCUUCACAGCCUCGUCUCCCGCUCGCCCGCCCGCUCGCCCGCCCGCAUCCACGAUGAUCUCCCCACGUGUGCGCCUGGCCGCUCUGGCGCUGAGCGUGUGCGCCAUCCUGUGUCUGGGGAUGCACGCGUCCGCAUUCCCGCCCAAGCCCGACAACCCCGGAGACAACGCGUCGCCCGAGCAGAUGGCUCGCUACAAGGCGGCCGUGCGCCACUACAUCAACCUCAUCACACGCCAGAGGUAUGGUAAGAGAGCCCUGACCCCGGAAAACUGGAUCUACCGAGACCCGGCAGAGGAGAGGGUCACCUAUGGGUUGGACGAUUAUGCAAUGUGGUGAUGGCGGUACAUCUCAAACCUCGCCUUCCUCUUCACCUCCUCUUAAAUUAUUCUGGCAUCAAGGUUACUUUAUGAGCAUUUAAUAUCACGAGCCUACAUAGUUUACUGAUUACAUUUAUUGUAAAUAAAUAUGACAUUCAUGAGUUAAAAUACGACAACAGUCUCAGUAUAUCGCGUAUUAAAUCACAAUAUAAUGUGUUUCAUUCUAUGUAACACUAUUUUCAUGCCUGACUGUAGGAUGGUUUAAGUCAAGCCACUCUCCAGUCACAUGGCUGCUGUAGUCACGUAAUAAAGUGGGUCUACGCAACUAUUCUGGUUAAUGUCAAGCGCCGUUAAGUCAAAUAAAAUGCAAAGUGAUGUAAAAGAUCCGUUGUCGAAUGUGCUCUUGAGUUGCACUGCAUGUUGUUCGGCAUGACGUCCGACGUUUCACUACCAUGACAAACAAACACGCGGGGGUACAACCCGAAACAAUAAAGGAGAGCUAUAUGGAAGCGCUAAAACGUACACCGUCCAGUCGUAUCUGUUAUGCGAGUGAUGUGAACAGCACAUAAUUCAUGCAAUAUUACCGGAGCCUUUUUCUUUCGUUGUAAUCAUGUGAAACCUUACAUAUUGUGAUAACAGUGUUAAUAUCUACAAUAUUAUCCAACUCUCCCUAACUAUCCCAGCAGUAUUACACAUCUAAAUAAUGAGCAGAGGUCAAUACGCAUUAUUUCCAGUUAAAAUUGUUAAAUGGGGAAAGAUUCACGGAGUAUCACGAUUCUUUUCCAAGCGCGUUCUGCACUGGGAUAUUUGGCCAUUACCAUUAAUGAGUGUGUGGGGGUAUAUGGGAGAAUACGUGAAUACGGUACUUCGUGAAAAACAACAGCGCA